UUUACCUCCCUGGAGGUAUUCCCGAGUGUAGCUCGGGGUAAAGUUUCAGUACCAAAAGCUCUACACUCAGGGUUACCAUGCGGCGCUGCUCCGGGAUCUGUUCUUCACUUACCUUGUCCUGCUCUCCCGCGAUGUCCCUCCUGCAGUGUCCCCGGCAAUGUCCUCCGGCGGAUGCCGGCAUCUGUCCUCUGAGUUCUGUCCCCUGCGAGCGUCGAGGGGUACGGGGGACGGAACUGGCGGGAAAUUUGAAAAUGACUAAAAGU